UUCUAUGUGUUGGGGAUCUGCUUCCUCCCUCGCUAGGACCGGCCUGCUCUCGCACACGUUUUUCGUCGCCUCUCCGCAGCAAAACUGGAUUUUACAGCAGAACAGACUGAAUUUCAUUGCAGUAUUGGUUUCCAGAGGACGUAGAUUGACAGCUCUCUUCAGCAAUGUCUCGUUUCUUUGCCACCGGGUCUGACAGCGAGUCAGAGGAAUCCUCAUCCGCCGAUGAGAUCACCCCUAAAGCACCAGGGACCACUUUCAAGCAGUCUUUGCUUCUAAGUGAUGAUGAGGAGGACACUAAAAGGGUGGUGCGCAGCGCCAAAGAUAAAAGGUUUGAGGAGUUAACCAACUUCAUUAAGACUAUUCGCAAUGCUAUGAAGAUCCGUGACAUGGCCAAAUGUUUGGAAGAAUUUGAGCAGUUAUGUCGAGCUUUCAUAAAAAGCAAGAACAUUGUAGACAAAGAGGGCAUUCCUCCCUUCUAUAUUCGACUCUUGGCCGACUUGGAGGACUAUCUGAACCAGCUUUGGGAGGAUAAAGAGGGCAAGAAGAAAAUGAACAAAAAUAAUGCAAAAGCCCUGAGCACACUGCGUCAGAAGAUCCGCAAGUACAACAGAGAUUAUGAAACAGAAAUCGCUGCAUACAAGGAGAACCCUCAGGAGUCUGCAGAUGAAGAGGAGGAGAAGGAAAUGGACGAUUCUGGCUCCUCAUCUGACAGUGAUGGUGAAACAGGUGAUGUCAAGUCCUUUUUAAAGAAAAAACCUGACGGCCCUUCAGAAGCCAGCAAGUUCCUCAAGUCUGCCAAGGGAUCUGGGGAUGAGUCCUCUUCUAGUGAUGAUGACGAUGAUGAAGACUGGGGUGGAGAGACUGAAGAAAGUGGCAGUGAGAGUUCGGAUGAUGAUGAGGACAAAGGCAAAUCCCUGGCCACAGUCUUCCUCAAGAGGGCCCCCGGUACCGAAAAAAGUGAUAAGAAACUGGCCAAAAAGAAGAAGCUCAAAAAGAAAGAGCGCAUUGAGGAGGAGGGUGAGGAGGAAGGAGAAGAGGUUGAAGGAGGCUGGGAGAAGGUUAAGGGAGGUGCCCCUCUUGUCAAGGAGAAGCCCAAGAUGUUUGCUAAAGGCACCGAGAUCAACACAGUGGUGGUGGUGAAGAAACUGCAUGAGAUCCUGCAAGCAAGAGGCAAAAAGGGCACAGACAGGGCUGCCCAGAUUGAACUACUUCACGCUCUGGCAGCUAUUUCUGCUGAGCAUAACUUGGGUCAAGGUAUCCUGGUCAAGAUUAAGAUCAACAUUAUCGCCUCCUUGUACGACUACAAUCCCAAUUUGGCAGCCUUCAUGAAGGCUGACAUGUGGAAGAAGUGCCUGGAAUGUAUUGAUGAGCUGCUGGACAUCCUGUUUGAGAACAGUAACAUCUUCAUUGGGGAGAACAUUGCUGAGGACAGUGAGAUGUUAGCUGUCUCUGACCAGCCCUUCAGGGUGCGUGGAUGUGUCUUAACGCUGGUAGAAAGGAUGGAUGAAGAAUUCACCAAGAUCAUGCAAAACACCGAUCCUCAUUCACAAGAAUAUGUUGACAAUUUGAAAGACGAGGGGCGAGUUUGUGGCCUUGUUGACCGUCUGCUCAACUACUUGGAGAACAAAGGCAGCACAGAAGAGAUCUGCCGUGUCUACCUGCGCAGAAUCAUGCACACCUACUACAAGUUUGACUACAAAGCUCACAGGCGCAGUCUUGGCCUCCAGGGAGAAACCAAGUCUGAGCAGGACCAGGAGGAGAGCGAGGGGGAGGACAGUGCUCUGAUCAUGGACCGGCUCUGCAAGUUCAUUUAUGCCAAAGAUCGGACUGACCGUAUCCGUACCUGCGCCAUCCUGUGCCACAUCUACCACCACGCCCUCCAUUCUCGCUGGUACCAGGCCCGGGACCUGAUGCUGAUGAGCCACUUGCAGGACAACAUCCAGCAUUCUGAUCCACCUGUGCAGAUCCUGUAUAACAGAACGAUGGUCCAGCUUGGCAUUUGCGCUUUUAGGCAAGGUAUGAUUAAAGACGCCCACAAUGCACUGCUCGACAUCCAGUCAUCAGGUCGUGCCAAGGAGCUUCUGGGUCAGGGUUUGCUCAUGAGGAACAUGCAGGAGAGGAAUGCUGAGCAAGAGAAGAUUGAAAAGAGACGACAAGUUCCUUUCCACAUGCAUAUCAACCUGGAGCUGCUGGAGUGUGUGUACCUGGUGUCAGCUAUGCUGUUGGAAAUCCCCUACAUGGCUGCUCAUGAAUUUGACGCCCGUCGCAGGAUGAUCAGCAAGCAGUUCCAUCACCAGCUCAGGGUUGGGGAGAGACAGCCGCUGCUGGGACCCCCCGAGAGCAUGAGGGAGCAUGUGGUGGCAGCCAGCAAAGCCAUGAAGAUGGGAGACUGGCGAACCUGCCACUCAUUCAUCAUCAACGAGAAGAUGAACAGUAAAGUCUGGGACUUGUUUCCUGAGGCCCAACGAGUGCGUGAGAUGCUCGUCAGGAAAAUCCAGGAGGAGUCACUGAGGACUUAUCUGUUCACAUACAGCAGCGUAUAUGACUCCAUCAGCAUGGAGACACUAUCUGAGAUGUUUCAGCUGGAAAUCCCAACAGUUCACAGCAUUAUCAGCAAAAUGAUCAUCAAUGAGGAACUUAUGGCCUCACUGGACCAGCCCACACAGACGGUGGUGAUGCACCGUACGGAGCCCACCUCUCUGCAGAACAUGGCUCUGCAGCUGGCAGAGAAACUGGGCAACUUGGUGGAGAAUAAUGAGCGCGUCUUUGACCUCAAACAGGGUGUUUAUGGAGGUUACUUCAACAGAGAUCAGAAAGGUGGCUACCAACAAAAUAAGUCCUACGGGGGUAGAGAUAAAGGCUCUUACCAGCAGAACAAGGGAGGCUACCAGGGCGGCUACCAAGGAGGCUACCAAGGAGGCUACCAGGGGGGCUACCAGCGAGGUGGCUACAGAAAUCAAAACCAGGGCAGAGACUACAGGGACUGAAAUGUGGGUUUCAGUCUUGACGCUUGUAGUUUUCAUUCCAACAGCCUGGGUUCUGCACUCGGCCCCGUUCUGCUUUCCCUCAUCAAAACUCUUUUCAGCUGAUCCUGAAUCAACUGUCUGUCUAAACAUGAAGAUUUUCAUCAUUCUCAACAGAAAUGAAAGGCAUUGCUGUGUGACAUGACAGUCAACAACAUACUUGUCAUGUCUUAUUGAGUCACACCUAAUAAAUAGUAAUAAGCCUUUGA